UUCAGCGUUAUUAAUAAUUAGCUAUUACCAGCUAUUAGCCUACGCUGUUUUCAGUCUUUUUUAUUAUUAUUUUUUGUUUAUUUCUAAAUUAUAAUAUUCCUUGUUAGAUAGAAAUGUGGCAAUGUUUGCAAUGAAAGCAGACAUUUUUUAAAAAUCUGCCAAAUUAAUAAAAAGAAAACACAGUUGAAAUUUGUUUUUUCUCACUUAUUUAACAUUUAACUCACCUUGUUAAAUACCCAAAUAUCUCCAUUACUGAAAAUUACUGAAAAUGGCUUUAACAGGAUUUCUCGUGCGUGGACUUCAUUGCUAUAGAAAGAAUAGUUGUCUUAAGACGAAUUCUGUUUGUUUCCUUCAAACAUUUUCACCAAUUUUCCAAUUAGAAGAAUAUGGAAAAUUAUUAUCUGGCUCAGACAUAGCUGAGAAAAUCCAAACAAGCUUAUGUGACCAAGUUCAGAAAUUUAAAUUGCACCAUUCCUGCUUUACUCCACAGUUAGCAAUUGUUCAAGUGGGUGCUCGAAAAGAUUCAAAUACUUAUAUAAGAAUGAAAAUGAAAGCAGCUGAAAAAAUUGGGAUUAUAGCCACACAUUUUUGUCUUCCAUCAACUACAAAUCAAACUGAGCUUUUGAAGACCAUAUCUCACCUGAACUUGAACCCUAGUGUUCAUGGAAUAAUUGUGCAGAUGCCAUUGGAUUCUGCAAACAUGAUUGAUUCUACGCUCAUCACAGAUUCAGUUAUCCCAAACAAAGAUGUUGAUGGAUUAAAUACAAUAAACCAGGGAAAACUAGCUGUUGGUGAUUUGGCUUCUGGGUUUCUGCCUUGUACUCCCAAUGGCUGCAUAGAAUUAAUAAGAAGAACCGGGAUACUAAUAGAGGGAAGUAAGGCAGUUGUUGUUGGACGUAGUAAGAUAGUUGGAACUCCUACUGCCGAACUCUUAAAAUGGCAUAACGCAACCGUAACCAUUUGUCAUUCAAAAACCAAAAACUUGCCUGAAGUGAUUGCUGAUGCAGAUAUACUUGUGGUUGGAAUCGGACAGCCUAACAUGGUUAAAGGAGACUGGAUCAAACCAGGUGCAGUUGUGAUAGAUUGCGGUAUCAAUUCUUUACCAGAUACGAAGAGGUCGACGGGAUAUAGAUUAGUAGGGGAUGUGGAUUUCGAAAAAGCCAGAAAGAGAGCUAGCUGGAUUACUCCUGUUCCUGGUGGGGUUGGACCCAUGACCGUAACCAUGCUAAUGAAAAAUACCGUUUUAGCUGCAUUAAAAUCCACAUUAGGCAAUAAAGUGUAAUAUUGUGAGCUGAGAUUCAGCUUUAUAUUCAAUAUAAAUAGUACAAUUAUCAAUUAGGCAAAAUCCUUGAAGAUUCACAAAAAAAAUAAUACGGAAAUUGACCUAAUAAUAAAAUAAUUAACUAAUAAAGCAUAAAAAAACGGUUUGCGCUAUCUGGAACGAAAGACAAUAGGAUCACCCAACAUUUGAACUCAAAAUAAUUAUUUUUACAUAUUGAAUUAUUUUUCAUAAUGUCGAGACAUUUUAACUCAAGAUAAAAUAAUAAUUUUUUUAAUUAAUACAAAUAUUGCCGGUAUCUGAGACGAAAAACCAUUUGGAUUGGCCGAUAUUUGGACUCGAAAUAAUUAUUGGGAAAUUUGAAUUAACAAUAAAAAAUAAUUUAUUUUCCGAGUCAUUUGAACAAUUAGGCUACUCUGAAAAUCGAUUGAAAAUGAUCGCGAUACGUAAUAGUAAAUGUAAGGAUGUUGCCGUUAUUUGUUUUCUACAUGCUUCCGCAAAGGGUACUCGCCCGAAAAAUAAAGAUUUUUUGUUUUUAACUGGCUUGAGUAAUUUUUCACGGGGAUCAUUUUUUCGAGAGGUUUAAUGCCUCAAAAAAAUUUAUUUCGUGAAAUAUUUAAGUUUAAAGUUGUAUUAGGCUCCUCCUUCCCAAAUUUGGCUGUUCAGCCAUCUUUGGUAGGAGGAGCCUAAUUAGGGCCUCAAACAAUGCAGGGUUGUCAGCAAAUUUUAUAUACCUGUUUGGCCAUGGAGACCCAUCUUGUUAUUGAUCAUUCUUGGUGCAAACCUCUCCAAGGAAUGUCUCUGCGUGCCCCAACCAAAAGACUCGAUCACCUCAAACUGAAAUAAAGAAAGGAAGAGUAAACAAGUGCUAUUUGUAUGAAAUAAUUUUAAAAUGCUUACUCCUUCGAACCGCCAAGAAUUAUGAAUAACUGUACAGUUAAAUUUAUACUCAUUGCUCCUGUUCGUUUGAUAACCUGGUACGAGUCUUCGAAGCAUCACUUGAACCUCGCGAUGGCAGCUUACUUGGGUUAGGAAAUCUUGAGCUCCUCGGCUACGAUGGAUGGCAUCCCGAAGACGAAGGUCAGAGAAGCUAUCCCCUCUAAAAUAGAGGGCAUGCCUCAUUUCAAAAUGACUCAAAACCAUGUUUUUUCAUCGGAGAACCUCUAGGCUUCGGGCUGAUCCACCUCCUGUUUUCCCCUUCCCUUUUUGACUCUUUGAGGGUUUGCAAUUCUAAUCCUCUUUGCAACCCCAUUUCGGGUUCGCGUGAAAACCACUACCUUCUCAAACACUUCCUCCUUGCCAUGGGCAAGCUGCAUUGCAGCCUCACGAACCAUUCUUACAUGAGGAUGCUCCUCAGCCGCUGGGAUUGGAGCUUCUUGCUCCAAAUCCUCGUUAUCCUUUUCAGCCUCACGCUCACGCUCAACCCUGGCAGCAAUACCGCCAACCAAGGCCCUGAACACCGGGUGGCGUUCCUCCUCCCACCCCAUUUCUUUCUCAAGUUUCACUGACGAGGCCCAUGGUUUUUUACUGAUCCUCAAAAACUUCCAUGUGUUAUCCCGUUUGUUGUAAAAUCCCAGUGAUAACUCGAUGAGUGGGGCGAUGGGUCUGUAGAACCUCUAUGUCGGAUAAAUUUUCCGCCUUCACCAGUUUGGGAUAAACCAUGAGAUCGAAGGCUGAACAAGGCGAUCCUAAGUGCCCUGACAAAAAAAUGUACCUCUUCAAUCAGGAAUGUCAUAACGUGACGACAUGGUUCGUCUGGAGUAGCAUCGCAACCAUCUGUGUACAGGGGAAGCCCUUCUUCGGUGAUUUUGAUGAACUUCCAUCCGCAAUACAGAUUCUUUUUGGGCUUGCCUUCUGGAACCACCUCAAGACUUCUCUCACUAAACACAUGAUUGUCUGGGGCACGAUAAAGAUCCUUCAAUCCAUCCAUCCUUGGAAAUUUAUUAUACGUUAUACCCUAGAUCUAUAGGUAAUUUUGUCCGCCAUUUUGUUCCUGAUUUGUUUCGAUUCUGAAAAAUACUCCCUUUUUUACGUCUUUGCUUAGGAGUAAUUCUUAACACAUCUGGUGUCUGUAGUUGUAGCGCAAAGAGUGAUCUUUGCUAGAAAUCAUAAAAAU